UCAUUCGUUGGACAACUUGUACUAUUCGGGUAUAGAAAAUCAUCCAUUGACGUAAUCUAUGCAAAUGAGGACCUUAUUUGCAUAAUCAUUGAGAAACCAGUCAUAAAGGUUAACUUUGGCGAAGGUAUGAGAUCGUGGAACUCUAAUGUCUGUAUUUGGCCAAUUUUCUACAUAAGAAAAUCACUAGACAAAAGCUGCUAAUUAUCAGCGCCCUUCUCGUAACUUGGUCACCAACUACAGCUGAGUCCACAUUUUGUUAAAUGUGUGUAACGCUUUCAGGCAUUUCAGUUGACGCAAUGAUAAAGUGAGCAAACUUUGGCCACCGGUUUUACACCCCUCAUAACUUAGACAAUCUACGGAACGUGACUCUGCUCAGGGCUACGCCAUGGCUGUGGAAGAACCCGGGGGGCAACUGGCUUUUUUAUCUGAGGGAACAUUCUCCCAGCCCCUCACAUCUGAGCCACACCACACGGAGAUCCACAGGUUAGCCAAUCUACUAGGACUGAGCUAGUGCCCACACCUUGUCCCAACAUGGCGUCACCUUCAAAACCAGCCACCGUGACGAGCAGUCAUCACCCAAGUUUGAGGAAAUGUCGCUACCGCUCUUCGACAGAGCCUGUACCUCCAUGUAGCCGGUAUGAUACACAGAAGCCUCCCGUCACAUGUGCCGUUCUUAACGUCAAACUCACGGCAGCGUAUUCCAACAGAAACCCAGCAGGCAAACAUCUACAGCAGCUCGAUCAAAGGAUAACCCAGAGCAUUGUGAAGAAUGGUCCCACAAAGGAACGUUUGACCAAGUUGGCGCAGGCAAUGGGGGUAUAUAAAGCGUGUAUUAACGCGCAGAAGGGGACGGUUUGCCUUCUUUUUGUUGACCUUGACGCUCUAGACUGGUUCUGGGCUGAACAUGACCAUGACAGGGUGGCGACGGUACUGACGGACAUCCUGGUGAAUGAGGGAGUGAGUGAGAGAGGGAGAGAGAUCACGGUGAGAGCUGCAGUAGACCCGGCAGAGUUCAGGACAGCACGAAGACUUCUGGCUGGGACAGAAAUACUUGCAGGAGCGUCUUCAAAUUGGUCCACACAGAGGCAUGUGACCAAGUGUUUAAACCUGGAGGCUGGCACCAAACGGGCGCUACAAGACUCGGACCUGUGUGAGAGACUGAUCCAGAUGACACAACAUGCAGCUGAACACUCGUCAUCUUCAGCAUGACAGCAGUCUCGAUACUUUGUUAUAUUACCAUAAUCAUCAUCAUCACCAUCAUUACUAUAAUCGUCUUCAUCGUCACCAUAAUCAUCAUCAUCACCAUCAGAUUCAU